UAUUCGAUAGUCCACAUUAGCGUCUGGCGGUUAAUUAAAUUUUCAUUUUACAAAUUAUUAUUUAUUCAGGUAUAAAAUUAUCUAAGACGUUUUAUAAUGGAUUACAAUAGUACUGGUGGAAUGAGGAGUCCGUUCUCCCCACGGAUGAGGCAAUCGUUAUCUGGAAGACGAGCCCUUGGAUUAUCAACAGUUAAAAAGAAUCAGAGCAAAUAUGAGCGAACAUCGCAACAGCAAAUGGGUGACGUGAUUUAUCAGACAACACAUAGCACAGUAGAGACCUAUGGAAUGCCCCUACCAGUAAUGGUUACUGAAGCUCUUACAUUUGGUAGUGGUGAUGUUAGUGUGGGCAUGUCACCAUCUGGUUGGUGCUGGGUCGUAGCCGGGCGUAGGGUUCUAGCCUGGCCUCAGGAGCAGACAGGUUCAUCAGGGCCAGUAGCUGCUCGUGAGCUCACUUUGCCCCAGACUGACUUGGCACACAAAGCUGACCUUGUUUUUAUCUUCUUUGAAAAUGAUGAACAGACUGUACCUUCGUGUGUUGGGGUUUCACCAGAAGGUAUUGUUCGUUACUGGUCAUCAGUGGGGCAAGAGGGCGCAUACAGUGAAGUAAGCUGUGAACUAGCAGGGCAAGAAUGUGAUCGAUUAGUGUCAAGAGUAGAUGACACUGGUACCACCUUGGGAUCAUUGCUUCUUGCAACUACAACUUGUACUUUAGUCAAGAUAUCUACUAAUAGAGAGGGUAGACCAACAGUGAGCUGUACCACUCUCAGGCCGCCAAGUGGCUGGCUUGGUGGUAUUGGCCGACGUGUCUCACUACUAUUCUUUGGCUCAAUGCCAGCUCAUGCUGAUACAAAGUUAGUUGGUGUGGUCAUUCUUCCAAGCUUGCCUCCAACUACUGAUGAAGAGGAAAGUGACGAAUUAAUAUGCCUUGUAGCAGGUGGACCACUUCUUCAGAUGUGGAGUGGUUCCGCUUUGCAUGAGCAUCAUUUACGUCGACCAUUACUGGAUGCAGCAGCUCAGGCCCAUUUGGCUCCACAUGGCGAGCCAAGUACUAUGGAGGUAACAGCGUUGGAUGUGCAAGCAGCGGGUGAUCAUACUUUACUCCUUCUGGCAACCAUAUCUGCAGUCACACCAGCUCGACCUGCAGAUACUAGGUAUGCUCUGGCGCAAAUAAGAGUAGAAAAUCCUGGAUCACCACAAGUGGUGAGUAUAUGCGCAGUUGGCGCCGGGCGGCAGGAAGAAGGAUCUCCGCGUUGUCUGCCGCUUGGUCUACGCGCGCUUCUCUAUACAUCGACCGCACUUGCGAUCGUGCCCGCAGAUACGUCAGUGAGCAACGAGAAGCCAGAACACAUAGACGUGUCCGCGGAAGGAGACCGAGUGUUGGGCGCGGGAAGGGGUGGCAACGGAGCUUUGUUGGUUACUCGCAAGCACGGUCUACUACGCCUUACCACCGCGCUUUCAAGCCAUCGUGACACCCAACAAGCUUUUACUAGCAGCCCAAUGGGUUCUCCGACGCCAUCUGAAAUGUUUGACGGAAACCUUACGCUCUAUGAGAUUGAUCCACAUGAGAUAGGUAUAACAACGUCAGAUGCAUGUGGCAAGCUCAAAGCCGCCUUCUUAUUCCAUAUACGACGCGAUGCAAAUGCGGGCAAAAUCCUGGCUGAACUAUUCCCUUCGCGUGGGGCCACGCCCAGUGACGUAGACGCGCCCCUUGAUAGAACUGUCAUCGCGGUCGCUUCAGAAAUGCUGGAUGAUGUCCCUGCUGGAGAUCCUAGAUGGCGCAUCCUUACGGGUAGCAGCCGUGUGUCGCUGGGUUCUUCGGGUGCGCUACAAGCGUCCGGUCAGCUGCGAGAUAAGCAUCGUGCCCUUUCACUUUAUAUUGAUUUCUUGCACGCCGCUGGCCUUUGGCGCCGUCUUGGAUACGUUAGCAAAGAGAGUGGAUGUGGAUGUGUGCGUAGCGUACGCGUGUUAUGUUCGUUGGCGGAACGCCUCGCGGCCGCGCGGGCCUUGCAGAGGCUUCACAGUGCCGGUGCCACACUCGUCGAUGUCGCCAUGCAACAGGUUUCGUCCGACUGCGACGCAGAAGAGGAGCCGGAAGUAUGUGCGGCGCUAAGUGCGGGCGCACUCACGGCCGCCGAUGUGAUUCUGCGCCGCGUCACGCGCGUGAUGCGUGUGGUGAUCGUAUUGGCCCGUUUGCCAGCGCCCGCGGUGGACGCGAACGCGGCCGCGGCGCAUGCGCAUCACGUAUUGCGUGCUAUAACGACAAUACUUAACGAAAUGCAUAAAGUGCGGAGCCAAUGGACGAGCUGGUGCGAGGGAGAGACGGAUUGCGAGCCUUGCGCAGAUCUGACUGUCCUGGUGCGAUACCAUACUACAGCUGUCACUGAAUCUGCACACAAUUGCCAAGACGCCAGUUCGCGCGCGCAGGUUCUGGAGGCGUCCGCGGUACUAGCCGACUUAUUACUAAUGGAUGCGCAGACUCUGCCUGAGCACACCUAUCACCGUUUGCGAAACGAACUCAUACGGCCAUACAUUGCUGAGGGCGAAGUGGAUCGCGCUGCGGCAUUGGCCGAGAAGUUCAAAGCGUGGCAGUUAUUGGUGGAAAUGUGUAUCCGUAAACCCGACUCUGAAAGAUUGUACAACUACGUCGACAAGUAUGAACACGAGGGUAUAGCAGAGACUGCCUUUGCCUAUCUAGCAUCAGGAUUUGGGGCUGAUAGGGCUCAAUUGCUUCGGGGAUUAGGUGAGCGUCGUCCAGGUCGACUUGCCCGAUGGUUGGCCGCAGCGCCCCAAAGACGGGAACUGCUUGCCGUUCACCAAUUGGCUCGAGCCCCGUUAAGUGAUGCUGCUAUCACACUACUGCAAAUGGCUAAGGAUGAACGCGACUCGGUUAAUAGGAUGGUGACAAUGGCUUCUCUGGCAAAGCUGUGUCUUGUGGCUAGUGACGAAAGCAAGGCCCAAUUGCGAGACAAGUUGCAACAGUCGGAAACUGUUUUAAGUUUGGGGGCCCAACAUCGCGCCUUGCCCAAAGAUAUACGACUCCACUAUGGCUUAGGAGAACACGAUAUGAAAAUAUCGGACCCGGAAGAGUUGGUGCAGAUGUAUAUUGACGCGGAGAGUACAUCGCUAACAGAGUACGACUACAAAAAGGCCCUCGAUCUCACAGAUUUUGUAGAUGACCCAGAACUACGAGAAGAACUUAGAUUGAAGAUAUGGUGCGCGUCAAUCAUGCGCGAGGAUUGGUCUCACGUCAGCGUAGAAGACCCGCAGCAGGCCGUAGAAGGGACUCUUUUCUAUCGACUGAUAGACCUUCUUAAUAUAAUGGGCGCCGACGUCGAGAGUUUACUUCCCCCGUUGGAGCUGAUAUUGGAGCAGAAAGAAGUGCGUCGAUUGGCUGAAGACGCGCGUCUACACUAUCUCUUGAAGUAUACGUACGCCUGUCUCACUAAUCACGAUACCGACCAAAGUAUGGACCAGUAGUAGUAGCCUUAGCCCUCCCUUAGUUAAAAUACCUCUUACGAUAGCUUCCUCAAUUCGUCUACGUUAGUACGAUAUGCGAUUUUGCGUAUAAUUGGUACGGCUCAUUUCACAAAAAUUAUACAGUUUUAAUUUGAAUAUUAAGUAUAAACAUGAUUACUGUCGAAUUAUAAUGACGUAACACAUGAACUACAGGAAAACUAUAGAUCUAACGCACUUUAUUCACGUGUUCGUUUAAGCGUGUACGUACGUGUACGCCCAUAGAGCGUUAUUCACGAUCGCCAUACAAAACCCAUAUUUUUUUACUACAUCAUUACUAUUCAUAUUGUUCUUGUGUGUGAUUGGUCAACAGUCUUUUGAGGGUUCGUGAUAUAUAGUUGAAAACGAAUGACGAAUCCGCUUGUAUUGUUAUAUAUCUAUUCUAAGUGCUUAUUAAAUUUAGAUUAUUAAGAACAUUUAUGUUGUAUUAAAAAUGAUGAUGAAAUUUAAUUUAUACGUAAAAAGCUUUGACCGCGGGAAGUUUUGUAACGGGCAAUGAUGCAAAUUAAAGUGAUUGUUUCGUGUUGAAAGCCUUGACACUUUUCUUUCAAUGGUCACAGAAGGCAAUGACUGCAUUCAGUUAUUUAAAUAAAAAAAUUUAAGUACAAACUUUAAUUUGCUUUAAAAUCUGAUUUUUAAUUCCAAGUAUUCUGACAUUUCAUAAGUGUUGCUAUUAAUUGUUCUUCAUGGAAAAGAGGACCAAUUUGACCCAUUUGAAAAUAAUAAAUAAUCAAAUGUUUUAUGUACAAAAAGGUACUUAAAUCUAAAUAUUUACUUACUCAAGUGACAGAAAAAAUAUUUAAAUUUCACGAACAUUAUAUCAAAUUAACUUUAAGUACAUAGUUUGUUUUAUUCUUUGGAAUAAUAAAAAUGAUAGCUGUCAGAAUUCCACGGAAUUAAAAAUCAGAGUAUUGUAAUUAAUAUCGUAGCCAAUCAUAUGUAAGCAGAUUUCGUUUGAAAAAAAGGAAUGAAUAAAUUUAUAUUUUUUUCAAUACUUUAGUCACACGGCGUAAACAAAAUAUGUUCACAUUCGUUUUCUUAGAAAUGGGUGUGAUCAUAAAAAGGCGUAUAAUUUGUCUCUAAAGAUAUAAAUGGGAUAAUCCAUUUUAUAUGAAUAAGGACCCAGAUGAGAUUGCUGUAGAGAAGAUUUGCAUUGUUUUAAUCUUAUUGCUGGCAAAUAAGAUUUGUUAAAUGAUAAAUAACGAUAUUUAUUUAUAGAUGAUUUAGGAGCGUAAGAUUAAGCGCACACCUUUGCAAUUUCUUUGUCUGAUUUAAUUAACUUCAAUCAAUCUUUAUCUGAACUUGUUAAAUAUUCUCUAAGGUAUUCAGUCAGACGUUUCUAUUUUUAAUGAAAGUCAAAUUUAUCAAUGCAUGGCAAUGGUUUGGGAAAUCGUAUUAAAUAUCUCGAUUGGUCAAAUUUCAUUAAUUGUAGAACGAUUCAAACAUAUAUUUAUUAAAAUCAAUCUCAUCACGGAGUUUUUAAUUUUUUAGUCCAUAAAAACUAUCUUUUGUCGUGACGCAAUAAAAUUUUCAACUCACCAUUCGAUGAUGUUCAGUCAGACUGAUUUAGAUGUAAAAUAAUAUGAAAUGUGAAUAUGUAAGUAAGACUAGUGUUUUCAAUAAAUGUUUGAUUUUGUA